AUGAAACGACCGAUAAGAAAUGUAGUGCUUACCGUUCCAGUUUCGUUCAGUCGUUUCCAGCUGACCCGCCUAGAGCGUGCUUGUGCGAUGGCUGGUCUUCAUAUUCUCAGGUUAAUGCCUGAACCAACAGCAGUGGCAAUGUUAUAUGGACAGCAGCAACUGAAAGCUUCUCAGGAAUCUAUGGGCAGUGGAAGUGAGAAAAUUGCUCUCAUUUUUAAUAUGGGUGCUGGUUUUUGCGACGUUGCUGUGACUGCUACCGACGGAGGAGUAUCCCAGAUAAAAGCCUUGGCAGGAAGUACUGUUGGCGGAGAAGACUUGCUUCAGAAUAUGAUGCGGCAUCUGUUACCGGAUUCUGAAAAUAUUUUCAAGAGUCAUGCGGUCAAACAAAUCGAGUCAAUGGCAUUGCUUCGAGUUGCAGCCCAGGAUGCAAUUCACCAGCUUUCGUCUCAAAUCAGUGUUCAGGUCGAUGUAGACUUGGGAGAUGGUUUGAAGGUAUACAAGGUUGUUGACAGGGCGGAGUUUGAGGAGGUGAACAAAGAGGUGUUUGAAAAAUGCGAAAGCCUUAUCAUCCAGUGUUUACAUGAUGCAAAGGUAGAAGCCGGGGAUGUAAAUGAUGCUAUAAUUGUUGGUGGAUGUUCUUAUAUCCCAAAAGUGAAGAAUCUUGUUACUAACAUAUGCAAAGUAUCAGAAGUUUAUAAAGAUAUAAAUCCUUUCGAAGGUGCCGUUUGCGGUGCAGCAAUGGAAGGAGCUGUCGCCUCAGGUAUCACUGACCCCUUUGGAAACUUGGAUUUGUUAAUGAUUCAAGCCACACCUCUUGCCAUUGGAAUUCGAGCGGAUGGAAACGAGUUUAUACCUGUAAUUCCAAAGAACACCAGAUUGCCAGCGCGUAAGGAUCUAGUUUUCACAACUAUUCGCGACAAUCAGUCCGAGGCAUUGAUUCUUGUCCACGAAGGCGAAGGAAAUCAGGCAGCAGAAGAAAAUCAUUUGUUGGGAUAUUUAAAGAUAAUCGGAAUACCUGCAGCACCAAAAGGAGUUCCUGAUAUCAGUGUGUGCAUGGAUGUAGAUACUGCAAACGUGCUGACAGUUUUAGCCGGUGUUGUGAUGCCUGGAUCUCGGGCGCCUGCAGUUCCUUUUAUGCAAGUGAGGAUGCCGAUGGUUGAUGAUGCGCAAGGUUGGUGUGCUGAGGCUAUAAAUAAAACCUAUGGUGCUUCAAUGGAUUUGGUUACUCUCAAAAAGGCAUGAAUUGAUAUUCAUGCAUCAUUGUACCUUUUUAUAGUUGUUUUCUUGUGUUUCAGUAACAGAAGUUGUUGUUUUACAUGUAUAAUGUUUGUAAGAUAAUAAAUAAUAUAUAAAAGGCUUUUAUUCUAAA